CCUUACAUCUAAUAUAUAUAUUUUUCGUCAUUGUUCCUAGUGUAUUGUAAGAAAGAAAAAAAUAGAAGAUUUAGCAAAAAUAAAGAAAAUGGAAGAAGAUAGGGAUAGACAGAGCCAGGAUGAUGUGCUCGCCUUCGAUUUGUACAAGAAUACCAUGACAGGUGAAUGGGGGAAUAUUGUUAAGAUGUAUAAGGAACACAAAUUCUCAGCCAUUUACGCCAGGAUCAACUCGGCAGGUGACACGGCAUUGCAUGUAGCUGUCUCUAUUGCGCCAGAAGAAAUUGUCCAACAACUCAUACGUGUAAUUUCUCUCCAUUCAGAGCCCUCUCUUCGGUUAACAAACAACGAAGGGAAUACCCCUUUGCAUGUGGCAGCCUCAGCUGAUAGAUUGAACAUUUGCAUCCUUCUUGCUAAAGUUGACGUGUUUUCGGAACUUCCAACUUUGGAGGUUCAUCAAGAUCCAUUUCGUAACAAGCUCGGUGAAACUCCUCUCUUCUUAGCCGCCUUUCAUGGUUACAAACCAAUCUUCCUUUACCUGCAUUCCUUACUCUUGGAACCAUCCGACAAGGACCUUGAUUCAGUCAAUCCCGCCUACAGAAGAAAUGAUGGUGAGACUGCCCUUCACUGUGCCAUUAGGUGGGAGUAUUUCGAUGUGGCAUUUGAGAUACUUGCAAAGGAACCUAAUCUUGCUUAUUCUGUGAACGAGGUAGGAAUCACCCCUUUGCAUCUCCUAGCAAGUAAGCCUUCGGUCUUCAGAAGUGGUUCCCACCUCGGAUGGUGGAAGAGCAUCAUUUAUCAUUGUAUACAUGUUGAAGAGCUGGAGCACGAAACUGCUCAUAAAGAUUUUAUUGAUUCUGUCGUUAAAGAAUUGCAUGAAUCUUCCGAAAAGGACAUUACUGACAAAUUCCCAAAGAACUACCAAACAUGCAUCCAGUUCUAUCAAAUGCUGCAGAAUAUGGCUCGAUCGGCGUUUAGAAGCAAAAAUAUGAAUUGCAAAGGUCGGAAAGCAGAUGAAGAGAGUGCCAGCGAACGUGAUAUUGUUGGCCAAUCACAAAAAGGAUACCAAGCUCAGAGUAAAGUUCAGAAGCAUCAUUCUUUUCGGAGCCGUUAUGCAGUCUGUUUUAACUUUUUCCAUCUUUUAUACACAAUAUUCAUCCGGAUUAUUCUUGGCCUUGGAUAUGAGGGUAUAAGGAAGAUUAAACGGAAGCAUGUACAUUCUGCUAAAAUCAUGGAAAUCCUUAUUGAGGAAAUUACAAAAGACGCUCGCGACUUCACAAGUGGGACGGAUCCUGGGCAUACAAUCAACCGGCAUGGAAGUUCGGAUGGAAAACCAUCACUAACAGACGGUGACAAUGCCACCACUUCCAAACCUGAGCAACAAGAUGGAAACAAGAUAAACAGAACUGAUAAAGUAGAGAAAAAUAAUGGAAAUGGAAAGGAGGAAAGGCCUAAAACUACAAAGACAGAGACGCCCUUACUUAUUUUAUUGCCAGGUAAAGAGGAAACGCCUGAAACGGCAGAGAUAGAGACACCCACAUUGGUUGCGGCAAGAAACGGUAUCACAGAAAUGGUUGAGCAAAUACUUCAAAAGUUUCCCAUGGCCAUUAAUGACAAGAGUAAAGAAAUGUCUAAAAUGACAAAGAUGGAGACACCCAUAUUGCUUGCAGCUAGAAAUGGUAUCACGGAGAUGGUUGAAUACUUACUCAAAAAGUUUCCAGUAGUCAUUGCUGACAAGAGUGAAGGUAAAAAUAUUGUUCUUUGGGCCGCAAAGAGCAGGCAAACACAUGUAUUACAGCUACUGCUCAAGCAAAGGUUUGUAAAACGUAAACUAAUUCAUGAAGUGGAUAUGAAUGAAAACAAUGCAUUGCAUCUGGCAGCUGAGAUAGGAAAGCAAAAGCCUUGGCUAAUUCCUGGUGCUGCAUUGCAAAUGCAGUGGGAAAUCAAGUGGUAUGAGUUUGUAAAAGACAACAUGCCGCAACACUUUUGCUAUCAAGUCAAUAAGGAUAACAAGACCCCAGAAGAAAUCUUCAAUGAAACGCACGAGGACUUAGUCACAAAAGGAGGCGAGUGGCUUGACAAAACCGCUGAAUCAUGCUCAGUUGUGGCUGCACUCAUUGCUACUGUUGCCUUUGCCACGUCAACCGCUAUCCCUGGUGACAUUGAUAUACAACACGGGAGAGCAAAUCUUGAAGGCCAAUCGACACUCACCAUCUUUGCCAUCUCAUCACUCGUUGCUCUUUGCUUCUCCAUCACUGCUUUGUUCUCGUUUCUUGCCAUCCUCACUUCUCGGUAUGAACAGAAAGAUUUUCGUAGAGACUUGCCAAAGAAACUUCUGCUUGGCUUAACUUCUCUCCUUGUUUCCAUUACAUCAAUGUUGAUUUCUUUUUGUGCUGGACAUUACUUUAUGCUGAAGAAUAAACUGAAAGAUAAGGCUUUUCCAGUAUAUGCAGCGACAUGCCUGCCAAUAGUCUUUUUUACCAUACAACAGUUACCACUCUACAUUGACAUUGUUUGGGCUAUUUUCAAGAAGGUCCCCCGAUCAAGCUGUAAGGCUAUUUCUCUCUAGGGUUUCUUCUACAAUAUUAUAUACAUAAACUUUUUAUUUUUGAAUGUUUGUACUUUUUCUAUCAAUCGAGAUUGAUGGUAUGCUUUAGGAUUGAAAUAAGUUGUUUCCCAUUUUAAAUUAAGAUGGGAUGCAUUGUUUGCUAUUUUAAAUUAAUUUGGGAUGCAUUGUGUU